CAGUUUAUGAGAAAAAGGACAUGACGGAGCGGAUUCGGUUGGAAGAAGGCAAAAGAGUUGUGAACACCGAAAACUGAACAUGAAAGUGGACUAGAAAGACAGAGAAUCCAAAGCCGUCCCCCACAUUUCCAACGUUUCCAAAUUCGAAAAGUGUUUUGUCUGCACCUAACUCCAAUCCCAGUCUCGAUCUACUCAUCAUUUCAAAAUCUCAAGCACACCGAUUCUUCAAUGGAUGACCACCCACCACCGCCAGAUAAAUAUGUAAAAAAACCCAAUUCAAUGGAGAGGGCUAAGGAAGAGAUUGAAGAAGUGUUGCAUACUGAGAAUUCAUCUCACCAUCAUAAGGAGACACAUGGAAUGAGGGAUGACAUUGAUGAGAAAACCCCAUUGAAUGAGGUUAAAGCCCCAAAUGUGUUUGAGAGAGCCAAGGAGGAGAUUGAGGCUCUUGUUCAGACAAUUCAUUCGAAAAAGGAGCCUGAACUUCAUGUAACAACUUCAAAUAAUGAAAUGCUGCCUACUGAGAAAUCACCCCACCAUUUCAAGGAAACUCAUGGAAUGCGGGAGGACAUUGAUGAGAACACCCCCAUGAAUGAUGUCAAAGCUCCAAAUGUGUUUGAACGGGCGAAGGAGGAGAUUGAGGCUCUUGUUCAGACAAUUCACCCAAAGAAAGAAUCUGAAAUUCAUGUCCCAGCUUCGACUGGGGAAGAGAAUGAUGUAAAGGCACCCGAUUUAAUUGAAAGAGCCAAGGAAGAGAUUGAAGCAAUAAUGCACACCAAGAAGUCACCACCCCAUCAUCAUGAAGAAACACAUGGAAUGAGUGAUGAUAUUGAUGAGAACACCCCAAUCGAUGAAGUUAAAGGUCCGAGUGUGUUCCAACGAGCAAAGGAAGAACUUGAGGCCCUUGCUCAAACCAUUCAUCCUAAGAAAGAACCCAGUGAUCUUGUUUCCUCACCAAAGGAAGGUGGAUUCAGGUUCUACAUUCGGAAAGGGCUGGAAAAAGUUCGGUCUCCUUGGGCGAGCAAGAAAAAUUAACUGUUUCUUAUAUGUAUUUUUGCAAUCUUGAUGGAUUGUUUUGAUCUAUAACAAUGUCACAAUCAUCCUGUAAUGAAACAUGAUUGAAUGCUAUUUUUACUGCUAAAUCACAUGUGUUGGAAGAUGUGGAUGCAUUUCCGUUUUUCCCUUUGCCUUC